AUGUUCCAUUUCCAGGGGAAAUUACAAUCCCAUCAAGUCCAGGAACGGGAGAAAUCGGGAAAUAUCAAGAUGCUUUUCAUCGUCCUGCUGUCACUUAUUGUAGCGGUUGAUUGUCAAAAUAUUUCUACGAAUGUUAGCAACGACAGAUUUUCUACCGUUCGAAGUCUUCCGGACAACACCAGUACCAUUUUUAACCCUGAUUCUACUGGAACUGAACCUUCUUUCCCGUCACUGUCCGGUAAAAACUGCAGCCUUGUCGUCAAUAAGGAUUCGGAGGAUUUGAAGCAAGCGUUGAUCUUGGGGAACCAUAUGCUCAUCGUGACUUUCUCCUUCAAAAAUGAGAAUCGAGAGACCCCUAUUUCUAUGGAAACCCCGCAGCCCUUGACAUGGGUUCACGUGUCAGGAAAUCAUGGCAAGGGUCUACUCUGGCUUAGGCAGGACUUUGAGAUGUUGUCCCUGACGAGUCUGCGAUACGGCGUUGCUAGAUUAGACGUUCAACUAACAGACAGUCCAGAGGGAUGUUUGGGUCAAAGGUCAGCGUCGCAAAUUGGAGAGGAUAUUCAAACCCUUAUUCUGAACAACCUUAAUACUGAUCCUAUUACAAAUACCUCCUGGAUUGGCAGUGACAUAUGUAACGCGAGAUUCAGAUUUAACGAGACACCAACAAAUACCCAAGUGUAUUUUGUAUGUUGUCAAAAGGAUGCUGUUUUUGAGACAAGUUGUUAUGAACUGGAACGAACCACUUGGAUGAACAUUUUCUUACUAAGCAUUCUCGUCUUACCAUUCAUUGCACUUAUGUUCGCACCAUUGUUGAUCCCUUAUGACCUGUUCCGGGACGAUAGCACUGAUAUAUUCUAUCAACACAGGGUUGGCACCCCACUCCAAAUCCAUGUUACAAAAUUGUCUGACCGUUGUCGUGUGACAAAAGGAUCACUUGAAAUUCCAAAAAUAUAUUUUAAUGAUAUGCCAAGAUUUUGCAGCACUCUGGCCACUCUGAAUGACAAUCUCACGUACGAUUGUACACUCGAGAAGAUACAUUUCUAUGUUGAAAGGGACAACUUAAUUGGUAAGGACACAGAUCCAUUUGGACCCUUUACCAUGCUAUUCAAUAUGUUUAGUCAGUAUGAACAGCGCAGACGCUCAUUUAACGAAGGAAAUUCGUUUCGAGAAUAUUUCAGCAUACUCAAAGGGAAGUUAUUGAAUACUGCACAUCUACUUGUUAUCAUUACGUUUGUCAACAUUCCAUUCGUUAUAAGAAUAAUUUUCUUCGUGGUUCAAACCAUCCCAGAUUGGUAUAUUACCAACAGUUUAAAAAAACUCGAACUGAACGCCAACGUUUUACAAUAUAGUAGUUUUGGAGUUACCUUUAUCCCGCGGAUACAGAUAUAUCUCACAUAUCUAAUUCUCAUUGCUCUUUUUGUACUUGUACAAUUCUUCAAGAUUCGAGGAACACAUCAAGUUGAUAUCGUCUUGGAGAUAUUGAAACAGUGUUUACGGGACUCGCGGAAAAGGCAUACAAAACAGGCAUUCCAAACGAUAUAUAAAGCGUGUCGUUCCGUCGUACAACAGAGUAACAUGUUAGGUCGGAUUCUUGCUCUGUUUUAUUUCGUACUGUUUCUUCCUUUCGUCGUGUUUAACUUCAUCUUCUACCUACUCCCUACUAUCAACCUGACUCUGUCAAUGCCAAUCUACCUUUUCACUUAUGUCCUAUCUAACAAGUGUGGCUGUUUGUCUAGAAGUAGCUGUGUACGAGCAAUCGCCAAGCACGUGUCGGAUGGAUUAGGGCUCGAUCCCAUUUUUAUACAAAAUACGGAUGCAGUAGAUUCAGAUAACAAUGACGAUGAAACGGACAAGUUGUGUUCACCAGCCGACACAUUUAUCAUACUCAUUCUGGUCUGUUCGAUUCCGGUGCUAAUAUUUGUGUCACUUGACAGUAUAUCGUUCUAUGUCGAUAUAUUCAUUUAUGUCCUGAUCGGUCUGCUGCUUAACGCGUCAUUUACAACCACAUACGUCAUCUUAUCGCUAAUGCUGACUUUUUAUAUUAAAGACUUAUUUGAUGGUGUGACAAAUCGAUACAUAAAGUUUAUCAAUAUCAUUAUUUCUGAAGCGAUGAAGAAAACAAGGACAGAUGUUAUUAAAGUGUCAUUACUCAAUGAAAACCUCCAAAAAAACACGGCAUUUCGGUUGACUGGUGAGGCACCUUUAGGGAAACCAGAAAUUCUUCAAGAGACCAGUAACGACCUCAAACUCUCACACGAAGCAGAUGUCUUGCUGUGGAGAACGAGACAGUUGAUGUUCUUUUUGGACAAAAAGGACACGCCUUUUAUACCGAGGAAAUUUUUCACUGAAACGUCUGUCAUGGACUGUUCGGGAAUCCCAGGACCUCUUGGAGAAAGCCUCCGAGCUGUUUUGAUAACCAUUUUGAAGAUUUUCGUUUUCUUGUUUUUGAUCUUGCUAGUUGCGUUGGCGUUCAGCGAGGAGACAGAAACCCCGGGCACUAACCAAACCCUCACAGUGAUCGCUAGUGGUAUGGUCCCCUGGUUAUUGAGAAAGGUUUUACAAGCUCCAACGGAGCAAAAUGUUGACGUCGACAACCUGCAUUUUCGGGAAGUUUUCAAUGACGUCAUAAGACAUUAUGAAGAGACUUGGACUGUAGCAGAUAUUGAAAUUGCACGUGUGCAAGUGUCUGAAAACCAAAUAAUUAAUGAUAUCGAUAGUCACGAUGACCUAGAUAAACCACGUGAGGAAACUUUUAAACCUAGUUCUUCAAGUCACGAAUCUAGUUCUGAAACUGUGGAGACUAUGGCAAGCGGCAGCAGAAAUCCAACAGAAAACUCUGGUGAGAUAGUAUCAAAGAUAAAGCGGAAAUCAGACUCGCAAAACCACUUAGUGAUCCUAGUGGACAAAAAGUCAUCAAGAGCUCAUGUGGUUUAGAAAUAAAUGACAAAAAAAAAACACAAAUUCUUCAUUAAUAUCACAACACUUCUGAAAAUCUUGCAUCAGGUUUUGUGGGAGUAAAC